AUGUCUCUUCAAACAAUCGGGAUCGCCGCUGUCGCGGUGGUCUAUUUUCUCAUCCGCUACUUCAACCGCACAGACAUCCCAAAGAUCAAGGGUCUCCCUGAAGUUCCAGGCGUACCGAUCUUUGGCAACCUCAUCCAGCUCGGUGACCAGCACGCGACCGUAGCGCAGAAAUGGGCGAAGAAAUUUGGACCUGUUUUCCAGGUUCGCAUGGGGAAUAAACGCGUUGUCUUCGCAAACACCUUCGACUCUGUCCGUCAGCUAUGGAUCAAAGAUCAGUCCGCGCUCAUCUCCCGGCCGACCUUUCACACCUUCCACAGUGUAGUUUCCAGCUCUCAGGGAUUCACCAUCGGAACGUCGCCGUGGGACGAGUCGUGCAAGCGUCGUCGGAAGGCUGCAGCUACAGCCUUGAACCGCCCGGCUACCCAGUCGUAUAUGCCUAUUAUCGAUCUUGAGUCGAUGUCGAGUAUCCGGGAAUUGCUCAGGGAUAGCGCGAAUGGAACAAUGGAUAUCAACCCGACAGCGUACUUCCAGCGGUUCGCGUUGAACACGAGCUUAACAUUGAACUAUGGAAUCCGAAUCGAGGGCAAUGUGAACGAUGAGCUUUUGCGCGAAAUUGUCGAUGUCGAGCGCGGGGUGUCGAACUUCCGGAGUACCAGCAACCAGUGGCAGGACUAUAUCCCGCUCCUGAGAAUCUUCCCGAAGAUGAACCGCGAGGCUGAGGAGUUCCGGGUGCGGAGAGACAAGUAUCUUACCUAUCUUUUGGAUGUUCUCAAGGAUCGCAUUGCAAAGGGAACCGACAAGCCCUGUAUUACUGGAAACAUCCUCAAAGACCCUGAGGCUAAGCUCAAUGAUGCCGAGAUUAAAUCGAUCUGCUUGACCAUGGUCUCCGCCGGCCUCGAUACUGUUCCGGGCAACUUGAUCAUGGGCAUCGCGUACCUCGCCUCCGAAGACGGCCAAAGGAUCCAGAAGCGCGCCCACGACGAGAUCAUGAAAGUCUACCCGGACGGCGAUGCAUGGGAGAAAUGCCUGCUCGAAGAGAAAGUCCCCUACGUCACAGCUUUGGUCAAAGAAACCCUCCGCUUCUGGACUGUCAUUCCCAUCUGUCUGCCUAGAGAAAACACCAAGGAUAUUGUCUGGAACGGAGCCGUUAUCCCUAAGGGAACGACCUUUUUCAUGAACGCCUACGCUGCAGACUACGACGAAACACACUUCACCAAUCCACACGCCUUUGAACCAGAACGCUACCUCACCGCCUCAUCUGACGGCUCCGGCACUCCACACUACGGCUACGGCGCGGGCUCGCGCAUGUGCGCUGGCUCGCAUCUUGCGAACCGCGAGCUCUUCACCGCUUACGUCCGUCUGAUCACAGCAUUUACCAUGCAUCCAGCUAAGAGGGCUGAGGAUCGGCCGAUCCUCGAUGCGAUUGAGUGUAAUGCGAUCCCGACCGCUUUGACGACGGAGCCGAAGCCCUUCAAGGUUGGGUUUAAACCGAGAGAUCCUGUCUUGGUAAGGAAAUGGAUUGCGGAGAGUGAGGAGAGGACGAAGCACCUGAAUUAGUUUUUCUUUUCUUUCUUGCGUGCAAGUUACAGCGCAAUUUAUACUUAGCUGGGACAUGGUCGAUUGGAGUAUACUGAGGGCAGCAACAGCGCAAAUAAAAAUAAGGCAACCAAUAGAAAUGC